AUGGAUUAAUCAAAAAUUAUAGAUGAUUCAAUUACUUUAGAUGUCAAAUCACCAAAAUUAAAUAAAUUAUACAUAGUGUGUUCAAUUAAUAGUAAGGAGCCAUUUACAGAUCCUGAGACUAUUUAAGUAGAUUUUAUAACUUAAAAAUCUGACACUCUAAUGGCGUUGAAGAUUCCAAGAAUGUUUGCAUAUAUUGGAUUAUCAGGCACCAAAGCUGUUUAGAAUAAAUAGCAUGAAGAAUAACCAAAUCAAUAUUUAUCAUGUUUCAGAUUAUUAGAUGCAGAUAACCUAAUUGGAGGCUAUUUGGAUGGCAGAAUAAUUUAAAAAUAGAUAUCCACAUAGCGAAUAAUUAAAGAAUUCAAUCGGCAGAAUUAAGAAUCUAUUAUCAAGAAGAGACCCUUGAAAAUUCAUAUUUUCCAAAAAUAUUUUGUUACUCUUUUUUUAGAAGGAGUCGUUUGCAUUUAUCAUCAAGAUCUUUAAAUGUUCAAAUUUUCGAACGAAUAUGAAAAAGUAAUGCAAUUGUCAUUCAUAUAUCAUAAAUCUAUAGUAAGUUAGAAAACACUAAAGUAAUUUGAAUCAGCACAUAAUUUUCAUUAUCACUAUUUAAAUUAUGGGGAAUUUUCGAAUUUUUAGUACUGUUAGCAAAAGAUGAACCCUCUUUUUUUAUUUAGAUUCUAAUCCAUGUCAAUUAAUGAUAUUGAGAUAUUACCUUUUAGUCCUUUGGAACAUCUAAACAAUCCUGAGCAACGAAUGGAGAAGGGGUUGUGUUUAGCGAUAAGUGGAUUAGAUGGAUAUUUUAGAUUGCUAGAUGCUAUAACUAAUAAACCAUUAUUUUCAUUUAAAACUGAAUAUUGUGGGAUUUGUUCAUUUUCGUUUAAUCCAAAUUUCAGCAGUGUUUGUUUAGGAGCCUAGGAUGAUUCUGCUUACGUGAUAAACUUCAAUACAAAAGUGUCAUGGAUACGAUUGCUGGGUCAUAACUCAUUUAUUUCUAGAGGAGUGUUUAGUUCAAUAAGUGCAACAGAGUUCAGGAUAAUAUGCGGAUGCUAUGAUGGUACGAUUUCAAUAACAGAUGUUGAUUUAAAUUAAUUAAACCAAGAAAAUAGUUUAUUUGUGAGGGCAUAAGAGAAGGAGAAAGUGUUAUAAGUUAAGAACAUUCAAAGCGUGUCAUAAGAUGGAGUUGCAAAUGUAGCAGAGUAUUAGAAUUAUGUUGUUUGCAUUAAUUUUGAUGGAGUAAUUAAAAUUUUUCUAUUGUAAUGA